GCGAGCUGUGAUUGGCCAGGAAGCAAGGCGCUGUAGUGCAGGGUGUACACUGCUCUAUCAUCGGUACAUAUAAAUACACUUCUGCCGGCUGGAUCCAAAUAAUAACGGAGUAGUAACUCACCGUCUCUGGAGUUAACUUCACACACAGGAUGCCGGGAUCAGGACCAAUCAGUUGCUUGGGACCGUGGCCCAAAGAUGUGGGUAUCAUUGCCUUGGAACUGUACUUCCCAUCCCAGUAUGUGGACCAGGCCGAGCUGGAGCAAUUAGACGGCGUGACAGCUGGUAAAUACACUGUGGGCCUGGGCCAAGCUCGCAUGGGCUUCUGCUCCGACCGCGAGGACAUCAACUCUCUGUGCCUGACGGUGGUCCAGAGGCUCAUGGAGAGGAAUGGCCUGUCCUACGACAGUGUGGGUCGACUGGAGGUCGGCACUGAGACCAUCAUCGACAAGUCUAAAUCUGUCAAGACCGUCAUCAUGCAGCUGUUUGAGGACUCUGGCAAUACAGAUGUGGAGGGUAUUGACACCACAAACGCCUGCUACGGGGGUACAGCUGCACUCUUCAACGCUGUCAACUGGGUGGAGUCCAGCUCAUGGGAUGGGCGAUAUGCUUUGGUUGUAGCGGGGGACAUUGCUGUCUACGCCACAGGAACUGCCCGGCCUACAGGGGGUGCAGGUGCAGUGGCCAUGCUUGUCGGGCCUAAUGCUCCUCUGGCCUUUGAACGAGGUCUGCGAGGAACCCACAUGCAGCACGCAUAUGACUUCUACAAGCCAGACCUGAUGUCCGAGUAUCCUGUGGUGGACGGAAAGCUGUCGAUAGAGUGCUACCUGAGUGCCUUGGACCGCUGCUACUCUGUGUACCGGAACAAGAUCCAUGCGCAGUGGCAAAGAGAGGGUUCAGAAGAGCGUUUCAGCCUGGACGACUUUGGCUUUCUAGUCUUCCAUUCUCCCUACUGCAAGCUGGUGCAGAAGUCGUUGGCUAGGCUGAUGCUGAAUGACUUUCUGAGUCACCCCAGCCCCAACACUGAGACGGGACCCUUCACAGGCCUCGAUGCUUUCAGAGAUAUAAAGCCAGAAGAGACCUACUUUGACCGGGAUGUGGAGAAGGCCUUCAUGAAGGCCAGUGCAGAUCUGUUUGAGAUGAAGACCAAGGCCUCCCUGCUGAUCUCCAAUCAGAAUGGAAACAUGUACACCCCUUCUGUCUACGGCUGCCUUGCAUCACUCAUUGCACAACAAACAGCUUCACAGAUAGCAGGACAGAGGAUUGGAGUCUUCUCCUACGGUUCAGGAUUUGCUGCUACUCUGUAUUCUCUCAGAGUCACACAGGACCAUACACCUGGCUCUAGUCUGGACAAACUUGUGUCCAGCCUGAGUGACCUGAAGGUCCGACUGGACUCGAGGCAGAAGGUUUCGCCUGCUGUCUUCUCUGAGAACAUGAAGCUGAGAGAGGAUACACACCACUUAGCCAACUACGUCCCUCGAGGCUCAGUGGAGGAUCUGUUUCCAGGGACGUGGUACCUGACACGAGUGGAUGACAAACACCGCAGGGAAUAUGCACGAAGACCUGUGGACGAUGACCUGACAGCAGCGCCAGAACUUGUUCGCUCCAGCACUGCACCAGAGCACAUCCCCAGUCCAGUCAAGAAGAUGCCUCGCAUCCCUGCAGCCACCGCUGGCCCAGACGCCGCCGUCAGCAACUGACCUCACUUACCUCUGAGAGCACAGGCAGAUGUUUGCAUGGAGUGUUGCUGAUAUUGAGUUCAACACGCAGACUUCCCUCCUGGCAGCUGGCAGCCAGUGGCAGGAAGAGGAAAUGGACAUAGUUAAUGUGGCUGCGGGCCUCGUGCUGAAUAAAAGAUUAAAGGGAGGUGUGCCGCAAAUGUGUUAAUGUCUUUAAAAUAGUGCAGCUGUUUGCGUUCAAUACCUCAAUUUCCUUCAAAAAGAUGCGGUCCGUUACCUGCAGGACAUGGCAGGUUCGUCAUGUGAUCCUGUCACCGCACAUCAGGAACACUUAGACUCAAAGUGAUGCUGCACCUCUCUCAGCCUGCACACAGUGGGGGCACUCUCACUUUCAACUGCUGUUGACUUCUGUAGCUGAGCUAAUGAACUGUAGUCAACAUGUUAACCUGGUAGGAAACCGCGACAUCACACACACACACACACACACACACACACACACACACACACACACACACACACACACACACACACACACACACACACACACACACACAGUCAACUGCCUCACCCUCUUCCAUAGAUCUGUGUUAAACUGAAGCUGUUUUGGAUAACACCAGUCAUUUUAGUUUUUCUAUUUGCCUUUUAUUGCCAUGAAAUGUCUAAACCCAUGGAGUGAUUUGGUACAGUGCGUAGCUGCUGCUGUUCUGCGUCAGGUUUACUUAACCUUCCAGUCAUCUGUCUGAUUGUUUAGAGACUAUAAAGAGACCGCUUGAGGACAAGCACUACGGACAUGUGUUAUAAAAUACUUUAACACUUUGUUUCUUCUAUUGAUGAAACAGAUAAUUGAUUAAUAGAUGAGUUGAUUGUCAGAUAAUAUUUAAUAAGGGAUCGUUUUACUAAUUUAUCAAGCAAUGCCGAACAUGCUCUGGUUUUGCUUGUUUUUUUGUGGACAUUUUCACUAUUAAAAAAAAAGAAAAUAGUUUUUGUAGACUAGAUGAUUGAUAAGAUUGGAUAUGAUUAUUAAUUGCAGCCCAUUCUUCUUUUUUAACCACUUUGCCUCACUACCGCCACAUCUAGAGUAACAUGUGCAACCGUUGAUCAUAGAGGAGAAAGAAUGAGUACCCAGUAAGUUAGUUGUAAAUUGUUGCCACUACAACAUUAUGGACUGCAGUAGUCAUACUGCAGCGUGUCUGAACUCUUCUUUAGAGACGUAGUGAUUAAUCGGUUAGUUGUCAACUAUUUAAAUUAAUCGCCAACUGAUUAUCAAUUCAUCAUCGUCCCUUUUUAAGAAGGAAAAAAAGUCUAAAUUCUCUGAUUCCAGCUUCUUAAAUGUGAAUAUGUUUCUUCUCUCCUCUGGGACAGGAAACUGAAUAUAUUUGAGUUGUGGACAAAACAAGACAUUUGAGGACGUUAUCUUGGGAUUUGGGAAAUUUUCACUUUUUUUCUGACAUUUUAUAGAACAAACAACUAAUUGACAUUAGAUUAGUUAACUUGCAGCCCUACUCUUGGUAUGGAAAUUGUGCUCUGUAGUAGAGUGCGGCCAACAUCCGUGGGUUUAGACUUUCUAGAAAAACAUUACUCUGGUGUCAUCCUUAAUAGUGCAAUCAGGAUUAUAGUAGUGACCGUACAACACCCUUAGCUUUAAAAAAUCCAAACUAUAUACAGUACCAGUCAAACGUUUGGAUACAAGAUGCAGCCCUUCAAUGACAUGAUGUCUAACCCACUUAAGUUUACACUGCAAAUAUCUGAAUCUGCUGAGUACAACAGCUUCAAGUGAGCGGAGCCCCACUGCUCCAGCCAGCAGCAGCAGCAGCACUUUAUUAGGUCCACCAAGCUAAAAGCAAUACAGCAGCCCUGCAAUAAAUCCUACCUCCUUUAGGUUCUAAUCAGUUUGAGUGGUGUUGUGUGCGGCUGUUUAACUUGUUAUGCUGGAGGUGUUUCUAACAUAUUGUUCACGUCAUUUCUAACAACGAGGGCAGACUAAAUAUUAAACACCUCUUUGUGUAAUGCGGAAUCACCAUGAUGUUGAAUCACCACCUCCUAAAAACGGUUCAACACAAACUGAACUUUAGAACCUACACUGGAAACCAAGUGUGAAUAUGACCUGUGGCCUACUAAAGGUUUUUUUUCUGUCUAUUUUAUUCCUUUACAAACUGACAGAUGCUGAGCAAGGCAGCUUAGGUUCUUCACUUUUCCUACAAAUAAAAUGUGACGUGGCUCCAGUUUUACAGACACUACACGGAGUGCCGAGUUGGGAAGUUGAGGGACCAGAGAGUCUGGGGCAUCCCCAGCAAAUACACAGAGCUGGGGAGUGUUUAUUUUGUGGAGAGUCAUACGAAUAUUACAGAUUGCACCUUCAAGCGUAAACAAUAUAUCGGACAAUUAUGCAAGAGUUGUUUGUGUUGUGAAACCAUGUUGCGGGCCAGGGAUUGCUACACUUUGACUGGUGUCUCUUGUCAUUACACCAAACUGCCACACAUUCAUAUAAACCAGUGUCACGUUAAAAUCGCUGCUGUGAAUAUGUACCGCAGUGUUCCAGUGUUUUCUUUUCUUGUCCGUUUCAUUGAAAUAGCUGAAGUGUAACAUGUUAAUUCAUACUGAAGCCUUAAUGUCGAAGGGCUUUGUUUCAUGUUGUUGUAGGUCGGGACUUAAAUGCAACAUGCAGGACUGAACAGCUUCAAAUCUUAAGUCAGCAAAUUCUUGUUUUGUUCUCCGUUUUGUUUCAAGUUUGUUUUUUCUUCCUGUGAAUCAUUGACAUUGAUUUGACAGCAGUGGUCUGUUCCUGGUCCUGUUGACGCUCGGACUGGCUCAAAGACUUGGGACAGUUGAUGUCAAUGUGACUAGGUUCUUGGGAAGCCUUACAAUAAGCAUGUACGAACUGUAAACAGACAAAGUUUUACUUAUAAUAAUGUACAGAUAUUCUUUUUAAUUGUACAGUCAGAGUUGGUUCCUCUUCAGGCUGGCGCCAGCGUCACCAAAAUGCUUGUCUGGUGCCCGCCUCAGAGGUCACAUGAUCUUUACCGAUGUUGAUGAUAAAGGUACAAAUGUACAAUUGUUUAUCUUGUGUAGAUAUAAAUGAAUGGAUAUCUCAUCAGAUACAUUUUAUCCAGACAGUGUGUAGAUUCAAAUGUGUAAAUUCUGAAUAAAUGGAUAUCGACAUGU